AUGGCGGACGGAGAGGCGUACCUGACGGUGUCCGGGGAGCGCAUCGCGUUGCAGCGCCGCCACUACAGCGCCUCCUGCCGGGAGUUCGUGGUGCGCUGCCCGCGGCUGCAGCUGCGGUCGGUCAGCGCCGUCACCUGCUCGGUGUGGCUGGUGGCCUACGGGCUCUUCGUGCUCUGCCAGAACAGCGUGGUGCUCUCUGCUGCUAUAUUUGUCACACUGAUCGGCUUACUUGCGUAUCUGCACUUUGUGAAGAUUGACCAGGAAUCCCUGCUAAUUGUUGGCUCACUUGGAAUACAGAUGACUUCAUCCUAUGCUUCUGGCAAAGAGAGUACAACUUUCAUAGAAAUGAAUCAGGUAAAAGAUGUGGUCAUCAAUGAAGCCAUCUACAUGCAAAAGGUCAUCUAUUAUCUAUGCAUUCUUCUUCAGGACCCUGUAGAACCUCAUGUAGUUUCUGAGGUAGUGCCGCUGUUCCAGAGCUCCAAGCCACGCCUAGACUGUCUUGUGGAAGUGUACAAAAGUUGCCAAGAAAUCUUGGAGCAAAACAAGAAAUCUUGACAUUGAUCUGUAACAUGAAAUCUUUAUGAAGGUA